AUGUCAACUGAGCGGUCAGCGCACCCGCUGCGCCCAUACUAUCAGCCAGAUGAGGAUCGAUCCGUCUUCAUCGCUUCUCGCCCUUCUGGCACCACAGCCCUGCCAUCCAGCGGGUCCACAUCCAAGGCUACCUCUUCGGGUUCAGCGCCCACAGCAUCUCGUGGGGCGGCAGUGAUAGGCUCCAGACCCUCCAAUCGUUACAUCCGCCCAGACGAUGAAGAUCUCGCAGGCUUGCAAACAUCAAGAGGUCCAUCAUGGUCAGAUGCUGCACGUGGUCUGGUGCUUGCAGGUGCGCUGCAAUUCAGCUUGACUUGCGUCGCCAUGCCGUUCGAAGUGGGCAAGCUGCUGCUGCAGAUCCAAUGGGUGCCCAAGGAUGACGUAUGGACAGCGUACGUUCAAGCCGCGAAUGCCGAUGCUGCAGAAGCCAAGCGGAUCCUUUUGGCGAGUGCCAGAGCUAGGAAGGCGGCCACGGAAGGAAGAUUAGCAGGCCUUCAGCACUCAGAGUGGGAUGAUGAUGACGAGGUCGCACCAGAGACGGAAGAAUGGCUCGACGAAGACACGCAUAGGCGUGAUUUCGGCGCUGACGAUGACGAGGUGAGUCUGGCUGCUACGACGACACUGGGCAUGCCCUCGAAGAGAUGUAGCACGAGGAGUGAAUGUUCAUAACUUUGCUGGCUGGUCUGACGAUCUGUCUCGCUACAACAAUCGCAGCUUUCGGAUGAAGAAGACGCCUCCGCCUACUUUGCUGAUUUGGCAACCACUUCUCAGCGACCAGCCGAGACCCCAAAGCGGCGCACACAGCCUACAGAUGCGUCGGGCUACGUCGUUCGGCGUAGCGUGCACCAGCAAGGGGGGGCCAAGCCCGAGCACGUACUGCCUGUCGUUGUGCGAGGGGGAGUGUGGGAGAUGAUCAAGGCUGUCGCACGCGGCAAGGAGGGCUACUGGGGACUGUUCAAAGGUGAGGCCUAGCCUGACCACUGUGGACAGCACUUUCUCUAGGCGGCAAACUGACGCAGCGCCCUCGACCCUGCCCCUUGGUAGGAGCGCUGACAACGUUUGUCUUCGACGUCGGGACCAACAUCUUGACGCCGAUCGUCACCGAAAUCCUUGCCCUAUUUGCCCCUUCUGCGCAGACCCCAUUGCCCCUCCCGUAUGCACCAUACCCGAGGAGGACUUUCUUGCUGCACCUCACCUCGCAGCUCAUCACCGGCUUUGCUCUAUCUCCGCUGGACUUGAUUCGUACCAGGCUCAUUGCUCAGUCAACUCUCGCUCCUCAUCGCAAGUACAAUGGUCCGUGGCAAGGACUCAAGCAGAUCUUGGAAGAGGAGGGUGGAUGGCGCACAGCAUACUUCCAUCCUAAUCUCUUCAUUCCUACAUUGCUCGACUUCACCAUUCGACCCGCUUUGAGCCUGGGCGCUCCACUAAUCAUUGAGCAUACGUUGCGCCUUGAUCCCAACACCUCACCGGUCGCUUAUGCGCUGGCUGACAUGACGCUAGGGGUCAUUGCACUGAGCGUGACGCUACCGAUCGAGACAAUUCGCAGGCGGCUGCAGAUUCAGCCGCGGGCGCCUUGGGGUGCUGAUCCUCCCGCACCGGUUGGUGCACGCCCCCCUACCGCUACGAACAUCGCCGAUGUGGGUCUCAGCCCGGGACGGAAGCCUUUGCGAGCUCUCAGGACGUGCGUCGAAACGCGCCCACGACCUUAUUUGGGGGUGGUGGAAGCGAUCUACAGAAUCAUCACGGAGGAAACGUCUGCUUCGCCGGUACCUAGACACAAGAGGGAGCAGUCCAUCGCCUCUGCCACUGACAGUGGAAGCAACACCCCGAAUCCUCUUGCCCGGAGCUCUGUGCUGGCAAAGGAUGGGCAUUCCAGCCUCGGAGGCGUUCGGAGCCUGUAUAGAGGCUUUAGCAUGGCUGCAAGCGCUCAUGCACUUGUCUUUGUUCUCACGCUCUUCAGCGCUGAAAGAGCUCCCCCCAGCGGAUGGGCUGAGAUUUGA